ACACAAUAAUAUUACGGAGGACAUGAAGCAAGGUAUUGUCCAAUGGGUUUCGCUACUCUCCAUUUUCGCACUCUUUUCCUUGUCUCAGACUCAGUCCUUCGACUACGGCGAAGCUCUCUCCAAGAGUCUCCUCUACUUCGAGUCCCAACGUUCCGGCCGCUUGCCCCACAACCAACGGGUCACCUGGCGUCACCAUUCCGGCCUUGACGAUGGCCUAGAACAAGGGGUGGACUUGGUGGGAGGGUACUAUGAUGCAGGUGACAAUGUGAAAUUCGGUCUGCCAAUGGCUUUUACCAUAACAAUGCUGUCUUGGGGUGUAAUUGAGUACGGCAAACAAAUAGAGGAUGCUGGAGAGUACAAGCAUGCCUUAGAAGCUAUCAAAUGGGGGACUGAUUAUUUCAUCAAGGCUCAUACUCACCCAAAUGUUUUGUGGGCUGAGGUGGGAGAUGGAUCGACGGAUCACUACUGUUGGCAAAGGCCGGAGGACAUGACAACGUCUCGACAAGCCUACAAGGUCGAUGAGAACCACCCCGGGUCAGAUAUUGCUGGUGAGACUGCGGCGGCAAUGGCAGCGGCUGCUAUUGUAUUUAGGAAAACCAACCCACAUUACUCUGGCCUACUUUUACACCAUGCACAACAGUUGUUUGAGUUUGGUGACAAAUAUAGAGGUAAAUAUGAUGAGAGUAUUGGAGUGGUGAAGGGGCACUACACAUCUUGGAGUGGUUACAUGGAUGAGUUGCUCUGGGCAGCUUUGUGGUUGUACAAAGCCACACAGAAUGAGGAUUAUUUGAACUAUGCUUUGAACAAUGGCCAGUCUCUUGGGGGCACUACUUGGGCCAUCAAAGAGUUUAGCUGGGAUGUUAAGUAUGCUGGUGUUCAAAUCAUUGCUUCAAUGUUGCUAAAGGAAGAGAAACACAAGCAACACAUGCAAAUACUGCAACAGUAUCGUUCAAAAGCAGAGUUUUACAUGUGUGCUUGCCUUGACAGAAACAACGUAGCCAACGUGCAACGCACCCCAGGAGGCUUGCUGUAUAUCCGCCAAUGGAACAACAUGCAAUACGUCUCAAACGCAGCGUUUCUACUCACAACAUACACUGAUUAUCUCCAAGCCACUCAUGAGAAUCUUACUUGCGACAAAGGACAGGUGAGCCCACAAGAAAUCUUAUCUUUUGCCAAAUCACAGGUUGAUUACAUUCUGGGGUCCAAUCCAAUGGCCAUGAGCUACUUGGUUGGGUAUGGACCAAAAUACCCUCAAAGGGUGCACCACAGAGGAGCAUCCAUUGAUUCGUAUAAGAAGAACAAGGGUUUCAUUGGGUGCACUCAGGGGUACGAUAGCUGGUAUGGGAAGCAGGGUCCAAACCCUAACGUGCUUGUUGGGGCACUGGUUGGUGGGCCCGAUGGGAACGAUGGAUUCAGGGACGAGAGGUGGAAUUACAUGCAGACCGAGGCAUGCACUUACAAUACUGCAACAUUAGUUGGGGUUCUUGCUAAAUUGGAUAGAUUAAAAGAUGAUUAUAUGUGGCUUAAUCAAUCAUUAAUAGCUUCAAGCUAGCUAGUUAAUAGGAUGUGUAUGUAUGAAAAUGUCUUUCAAUUGGGCUUAUAAUUUUGAUAAACAAAUCACCAUAUAUACAGUCCUAAAUCAAUGUAUAAUCAUAGUACUAGGAAAAAAUGUAUAAUUAUUAUGCAAAAGAAAGAAAUACAAUGAGGAAUAAAUUAAUGAACUUUUAUU